AAGAUUUUUUUCUUGUUGGCAAGAAUCACACUCACACUCGCAGUCACUGUUAUUGCGUGGUCAACCCAGUAGCACGAUUGAAACUUGCAAACAAAUGAGAAUCGUCAGUGCAAACACAGACAUCUUAAAAAGCUCAGUCAUCCCAAGAACUAUUAAAGGCAGGAACGUUGUUACUGGAAAGUCAUCAGGAAUCCAUUGGUCAGAGCUUUAAAGCUUUGUUAAAGUUAGAUUAGAUAGAGGCUAGGUCCACACACACAUCCUGAAUAAGUUUGCUCAGCACCUGAGAAAAACAGAUACAGACACUGCCGACUUGAACAAAUGCAUUCACAGACAGCAUUGUCCUUCAGUUCCAGGACUUAGAAAUGACACAGAAUUUGAUGAUUCAAAUGUGUUUGCAUUUAAUACCCGAUGAUGGCUGAAAGCUUUUCAUACAAUGAUGAUGAUCUCACAGGCAUCUCAUCAGCAGAGAAAAAGGGAUAUCAUUGCAGUGAGUUUGACACUCGCUUACGACAAAAAUGGGAUCAAGCAAUGAAGGAGGGUCAUUUCCGCUAUCAGUUAGACAAAGUGGAAACGAAAAUUAUUCCAGGCCAGAAGAAAUAUGUGGCUCAGUUAAAUGUGAAACGAGCAACAGAAAGAAGGAAGCCACAAGAAAUCACAAUUGUGAACCAAAAGUUUGAUCCAAAACAGUUCAAUUUCACCAAGAUCAAGUCGGAUGAGGUCUUGUUUCAACUUGAAAAAGAAGAAACGAAAGCCAUUUGUAAUGGAAAUACCACGAAGAGCCGCAACCUGGUGAUAAUCAACGUCAGUCCCCUGGAGUAUGGACACAUCCUGAUCGUACCGGACAGUGAUGCCUUCUUCCCACAAAUCCUGACUCAGUUCGCCAUUAAAACAGGACUGGAGUGCAUGCUACUUAGCAGCCACAGGGGAUUCAAAGUUGGGUUCAACAGCCUGUGUGCUUUUGCUUCUGUCAACCAUCUACAUCUCCAUGCUUACUACUUAGAACAUGAUUUGUUUGUGGAAAAUUGUCCAGUUACACAUUUGAAGGGACCCCUUUAUGAACUGACCGUGAUGCCAUGCCCUGGAUUUGCCUUUCAACUUCACAACACAAACACAGAAGACUUGUCAAGAGACAUAUACAAAGUUGCACAAUAUUUAUCAGAGCAUGAGGUGGCACACAAUAUGUUCCUGACUUACGGAGAAAGUUUUGAUUCUCAAUCUUCGGUACCAACCAUACGAGUGUACUUGUGGCCGCGCAAAAAGUUCAUUGGCAUUAAAGAGGAGGCUGCUUUUAAUGUAGCUGUUGUUGAACUUGGAGGACACCUACCAAUAAAAGUUGAGGAGCUUUAUGGAGGUUUGACAGAAGAUUCUAUCAAUGAAACAAUACAAAGUGCUUGUCUAGAAGAACAGGAAUACCAGUCAAUCAAAGAAAACGUCACCAAACUGUUCAGUUGAUAUUGGUUAAAUUUAGGUCUUUCGUGUUUUAGAUCUGUCAUUUUAGUAUUUUCAUACAAAAGACUUUAAUAUUUUAUGUUGCUUCAAAAACUUACAUUUCUGUUGCUUCACAAACUUACCAGUCUUAAUUAAUUGCCUGGGUACAAAAUUCAUUUAAAAUAAUACAUAAUUUUGGAAUUUAAAAAAUGUCUCAUUGACAAAAAUUUCAUCAAUUUAAUGGUUUUUGAUGGAAUAAAGUUUUGUAUUGAUAGGUAAGUUUCAAAGUGCAAAUUUAAAUUAGAUUGCUGUAUAAGGUUAUGAUAAAGAAUAUAAAUGAUUUAUAUGAUUAUAUAAAUAAAGGUAUUGUUGCAUAUUGGGGUGAUUCUUUCUCUUUGUGCUUUCUAAUAUGGGGUUUCACUAGAUUAGUUACAAAGCAUUUUGGUAUUUCUAUAGGACAUAUAUAUAUUCAUAUUAUGUCUAAAAUCCUUAGAGCAAAUAUCCACUUCAUUUAAAUGCAGUUCAUUGAGGGGUUUUUCUUUUUCAAGAAUUUUUGUCUUUUGUUUUAUUUUGUAGGAAUAGUUUCAUAAUACAUUUAUAGAACAAUUAAAUUGCAUGCACAGAUCUAGAAAUUUGUCUGAGGGGGGCUUCAUUUUGACAUUUUUUUUUAUCAAAGGGGAACAACCUGUGCAAAUGGUGUAGGAAAGAAAAGUUUUGUGCUUUACUGGGAUUUACUAAAUGUUACAUUUAAGACAUUAAUACAGGAUGUUUCUUCUUGUGUAACUGAUUAUGCAGAGGACUGCUGAUAUGGGAAUAUAUUACAUGUACUUUUUGUGCUCAGAGUAAUCUGCCCUUGGAUAAUAUAAUGGGGUGAUUUAAAGUUUUUCUUUAGUUGCAUUUUCUAUUGUAAUCCAUAAUUGUUAAUAAAUGUUUGCUUUGUAUACAGAUUAUUUUGGUUAAUGUAAUAUUUUGCACAUAUCAAAAUUAAUACAUGUAGUUAAGUACUUGAUAAGAAAUCUUGUAUUGGCAAAAUGAAGAUAUACUACCCCGGGAUAUGGGCACUAUAUGCAUCACAUAAAGAAUAUCUUGUUCUGGUUGUCCAGAUUUUAAUUCUGAUAAGUAUAUAGAGCAACAAGAUAUUGCAAGAAAGUAUUAUCAAAUAUCAGAUGCAGUACUGACCCCAUUCCCCUCUGGAUUUGUGAAUGAAAUCGUGGAUAAAUAGAACAGGGUGUAUGAUUACGAAUGUUUCUUUUUGAUGUCUCUGCUACAUACAUUAUAUAUUGUUAAUGUAUUUAUUUACAGUGGUAUUGUCUUUACAGUGGUAUUAUAUAUUUUACUUUAUUUGGAUUAUUGCUGUUCAUGACUUAUUUUUUUAUCCUUCAUUUUAUAUUUUAUUGCAUAAAAAUAUGUAUACUCAGUUUUACAUUUUAUAAUAAAUAUAUAAAAAACAAAAGAAAAA